UUUUCAUACAAUUAUUACUAAUACGACUACUAAUAAUACACUAUAAUAUCACUUCAGUGGAUAGCAUGUGGAUAAUAGACUUUCCAGCCUAUAAUGCAGUGGUCGGCGGUAUGGUAGCCCUACCGUGCAAUGUAACCCCACCUACCUAUGAUGACGGUGUAUCGCUGGUACUAUGGUACAGGGAUGAUACGGGUAAUCCGAUUUAUACGGUGGAUGCCCGUUCGACACAUUUGGAUAGUGCCAAACAUUUUGCCAGUGCCGACAUACUCGGCCAGAGAGGUGUCUUCAAUAUAACAUAUCCGAUGGCUUAUAUGCGGAUCAGUCCGGUUAUGGGCGCCGAUGGCGGCGAGUAUAGGUGUCGAGUGGACUUCCGUCGGGCCCGGACUGUCAACCGGAUACUUAAGCUCAAUGUUAUUGUGCCUGUAUCUAAAGUGGUCAUCUACGAUGACAGCGGCAACCGUAUCAACGACAUUGCCGGCCCAUUCAACGAGGACUCGUCGGUCAAUUUGACCUGUGAUUCGGAAGGAGGAAACCCUCCGCCGGCGGUCAAAUGGUGGCGCGGUUCAGCCUUAACAGAUGAUACCUAUUUUACGACACCAAAAGGAUUGAUUAGAAAUGUGAUACAUAUGCCAACCCUUAGGAGGGACGACCUGAUGACAGUACUCACUUGUCAGGCGUCCAAUACCAAUCUGACAGUGCCUGCAUCCCAGACCAUUGCCAUUGAUCUUAAUUUAAAGCCAAAAGAGGUCAGAAUUAUAACACCCGAACACAAUAUGUCGGCCGGCGAUCGGGUAGAGUUGGUCUGCCAGUCAUCGGGCAGCCGACCAGCGGCUAAGAUUCAUUGGCGUAAAGGAUCGCAACGUAUGGACAGUAGCGGCGAAAGUACAUCCGAUGACGGCUCAGUUACCACUAAUUUUCUAGCAUUUGUGCCCACCAUCGAUGAUAAUGGCAAACAACUGGCCUGUACUGUCACUAAUCAAAAGUUUCCCGAUUUUCAACUACAAAAUAAUUGGACAUUAAAUGUCUUAUACGCACCGAUUUUAUCAUUGAUUUUAGGCGCCAGUGUUCAACACCAGGAUAUACUCGAAGGCAGUGAUGUAUACUUUGAGUGCAAUAUUCAAGCCAAUCCGCCCGUAACCGAAAUCGGUUGGCUAUAUAAUGACCAACAAUUGGACACUAGUAUGUCGUCCACAACUACGACAUCAUCAUCAUCUAUACUACCGGGGCUUGAAAUCAAAAACAAUUCACUGUUUAUACGUAAUAUUGGCAGAAAAUUGCAUAGAGGAAAGUACCAGUGUUUUGCGGUCAAUGGCCAGGGACGCGGGGACAGUGAUGUUGUCAAUCUUAAAGUCAAAUAUCCACCAAUUUGUAAGUCAGUACAGCGGGUCUACUACGGUGUGGCCAAACAAGAGGUGGCCCGAGUCGAGUGCGAAGUAGAUGCCGAUCCCGGCGAUGUAGUGUUUCAUUGGUCGUUCAAUAAUAGUGCCGCAACAACGGGAACGGGUGGUAGUGUGGACAGCCUGGACACUACCAUCACAACCACUACCACUACCACCACCGCCGCCAACAAUGUGGUCCAGUUUGUUAGCGAAGGCAAAAAAAGUUACGCCACUUAUAUACCGCGUGUGGACUUAGAUUACGGUCGGCUAUAUUGUUGGGCACACAAUAGUGCCGGCAAACAGCGGGAACCUUGCGUUUUCUUUGUCAUCGAAGCCGGACCACCCGAUCCGCCGGAUAACUGUUCGGUGACCAACAUUACCGUACAUUCGUUGACCAUUGAAUGUUUGCCCGGCUAUUCGGGCGGUUUGGAUCAGAUAUUCUAUCUGGAAGUGAUCGGUUCAAACCCGAACCAUCAUCACCGACAGUACGCCAACAUGACAUCCCGAGAGUAUCCGUUUUUCAUUAUCCAUGGCCUACCGACUGGCCAGACGUUUCGGUUGGUCCUCUAUUCGACCAAUGCUAAGGGCAAAAGUCGACCGAUCAGUAUGACUGGCAGUACACUGUUGGCCGCUCAGUGGCAAUCGGAUGACCUGGAGCCAAUAGUAAUUAGUCCCCUAUUGGCAAUAUUGAUGGGCAGUGUCGGUGCAUUAAUUUUAUUAGCAAUUAUUAUCAUAAUGAUAAUGAAAUUAAAAUCGGAUAACGAAAAUAAAAAUACAGAAAAACUUGUUAUAAAUUCAAUUAAUCGCUCAAAUCAUAUAUCUAAUGAUAUAAAGUCGUCGACAAUAAAUCGCAAAUUUUAUACCAUGGAUGACAAUUGUCCGGAUAUUAUACUAACAGAUAUGAUAAUCACAUCUAAAGACAAUAACUGCUAUGAAUUAAGCAAUAAUCAUAAGUCGUCGGCAAAUCAUAGGACGACUACAUUCAUGACAACCACUACUUUAGACCGAAAUAAUAAAUUAUCGGUUAAUACCAAUAAUACUAAUACUAAUCCCCAAUCGUUGACCAUCGCUGCCGAUACCAUACCACCGCCCGAUUCGUUUCACGACAGAUACGAUUCGACUGAUCUGAUCCUAACGUCAUGCGAUGCCAAUACCAUGUCUUCGCCGUCUCCGUCGACAUCGACACUAACUAAUAAUACUACGACAACAACUGAUCCGCUAAGACUGCUGUGUAAUGUCAAACAUAAUCACAAUAUGAAUGCCGCCAACAGCAACAACAAUAACCUAUUGACUUACGCGGAGAUAAUCCUAUCAAACGAUUCGCAUAAUCACAUCAAUUGGGAAAACAGUAAUAAUACUAAUAGUAAACAACAAUUUGUUGGAUUCAAUAACGAUAUAAAUCAUAUACAACAACACCACCAGCAACACCAUCACCACCAGCAACAACAACAACAGCAUCGGGUCAACGAUUAUCAUCGAUCGUCGCCUCAUGUGGUCAUCAGUGCCAAAGUUGGCGGCGGUAAUGAUCAUCAAUUGUUGCAAACAUUUUCCCGCCACCGAUCAGAUCAGACAAUAUCGGAUGACGAAAGUAUUAGUGUUAUAACCAGUAGUAAUGCCAAUACGCCGCCAAUGAUGACCAUCAAUGGCAAGAAUGAAAGCGCAACGUGGGUGAUUGUCGACAAUGAUGGCUCCGAUUAUCCAACAGUUGUCUAA